GACUUGCGAUUCAAUGCGUUUUCGCCAUUCUCUCGGCACGGUUGUGACUUAAGAAAAUGUCGGAAGUAGUACGAAGCACUCUGGUCAAACUGCAGGCCCUAAUCGCACUGAUCGGUUUGGCGGCCAUAACGCCACUACUCAUUUUGGUAGCACUACUCGGCCGACUGAUUGCCAAACUCUGCUGCUGUUCGGCACCGAAAAGUAUCGCGGGAGAAGUGGCCGUGGUCACUGGAGCUGGUCAUGGACUAGGUCGUGCCAUAUCCUUGGAACUGGCUAGAAAAGGCUGUCACAUCGCCGUGGUGGAUAUCAAUGUCUCCGGAGCGGAAGACACCGUCAAGCAAAUCCAAGAUAUCUAUAAGGUUCGCGCAAAGGCGUACAAGGCCAAUGUAACCAAUUACGGCGAUCUAGUCGAGCUCAACUCCAAAGUGGUCGAGGAUCUGGGUCCAGUAACCGUCCUGGUUAAUAAUGCAGGUGUCAUGAUGCAUCGCAAUAUGUUUAAUCCGGACCCAGUCGAUGUGCAGCUAAUGAUCAAUGUUAAUCUUUCGUCGCAUUUCUGGACCAAGCUGGUUUUCCUACCCAAAAUGAAGGAGUUGCGCAAAGGUUUCAUAGUUACAAUCAGUUCAUUGGCAGGUGUUUUCCCAUUGCCCUACAGUGCGACUUACAGCACCACCAAGUCGGGCGCCUUGACGCACAUGAGGGCCCUGCGCAUGGAGUUGGCUCUGGAGAACCAGAAGGACAUCCAUGUGACCACCGUGCUGCCCAGCUUUCUGCGCACCAACACUGACGUUACGCAGCUGACGCAUACCAUAGGAUUUGGCGACCUAUAUCCACUGCUCACCGGAGAGGAGGUGGCCCAGCGAAUAGUGGACGGAAUGGUGAGGGGUGAGGCCGAGAUCAGCUUGCCGAGAAUGGCAGCCAUACUCUACCGACUGAUUCUCAUUUUUCCCGCCGAAUGGCAAGAUCGAAUUAUUCUCUUGUCCAGCAGGAAUAAAUUUAAGAAGCUUCGAGAAGAGCAUUCCUGAGCAGCAUCCGACGGGUGGAGGUGAAUAAAAAUAUUGGUCCGGUUACGGAAAAAUAAGGAA